UACACGGUGAACCUCGGUGACAGAGAGCAUCGGUGUGGGAUUCUGAAGAAUACUUUAGGGAAAACCAUCCUCUCGUGGCUACCCACAGCAGAACUAACGGAUCCAUGCAGAAACUUUUUUAUACUCUCAGCAGCAUCUAAACCCAGGCUGGACAGCGUCCACAAGGAGACAAGGAACAAUCUUUCACUCAUUUCAUGGAAACACACAGACACCUGAUGAGCACCAGCAUGUUUAUUAUCCCUCGUUUCAAUGAUCUGUGUCUUUAUUCGACUCAUCCGGUCUGAAAAAGUCCGUCAGUCCAAUAAUCUCUGAUCCAGCUACACAGGUGCCAGAAAAACCCAGCAGGCUUCUUUCACCUCUCCUCUACCCUAGCCUGCUGUUACCAUAGCGAUACUUUUUCUCCAAACACAGUCUCAAUCCUGUUCUGCUUUUCCUCGCUGACUUUGUGCUUUCUGCUCUUUCUCAUCUCAUCUAUAGCCCAAAUUCAGGCAGAGCUUUAAAGUCAUAAACCAAAGCAUUUGACUCAGGUUCAGGUGAACUUUGACCCCGAACUUCUCCAGCCUGUGGAGAAUAUUAAUGAUGUUUCUGUGGAGAAACAAGAGCCGGGAGUGGAUUGCUUACAAUUAAUGGAUGGUUUGAACAUCCCUGGAGGGGCUGACAGCCAUCUGCAUGAGUGUGGGCUUGAGUGCACGCAGCAGUGAGAGGAGACCAGGAGGAGACGGGCAAACAAAAACACAGCAUUUCAGUGUCGUGACCAAGAGCAGCGCUCAGCCCUGACGGAUGAGAUCCAGCUGCUGCAGAAGCCCUGUGCUACCUGUUUCACAUCCUCAGCUGGUGGAUCAGUCACAGCUCCCACAUGCUGAGGCAGGAAGUGCCGUCAGAGUGCUCUCAGUUCAUCCUGUCAUCCGUGCAUACAUCUGAGGUGUUCCACCUAGUUGAGUUCACCGUCAACAAAACUGUAGCAGUGGUGCCCGAGAACUGGUACAGUGACGGCGUGACCUGUUGGCCGAAUUAUAAAAGUGAUGCAAGCGUGAACCGGGCAAAGGAGCCAGGACCUGAAUGGGAAACGUCUGAUGUCCGAAUUCUUAAAUCAUGUGAUCAGUACUUCGAGGCAAGACAACACCUAAAUAAGUCACGUCAUGCCACACUUCCAACCUGCAGACAGAAGAAGAGGAAGAGGACAUGCGACCCAAGAGGAAGCCAAAGGCGAUUCAUUUUUGGGGGGGAUUCUGAUGACAGUGAAGACGAACAUCCAAGAAAGAAAUCCAGAAGCCAAUCCAAAACAUCAGUACAGCCACCAGCUCCUGCUGUCCCGCCACCACCAUCUCCUGCUGUUGAACCAUCACCAUGCCAACAACAAACCUUGUCUGCAAGCCAGGUGCACACACUUACCUGGCGAGGGAGAAGGUUUGACUAUGGGCACCCUUCCCUGCUCUGCCACAGAAGCCCAGAUUUUGGACUUGCUGGAGCAUCUAAAAAACUGAUGGAGCAACUAGAAGCCGAGGUCAAUUAUUUAACCAGCAAGCUGGAUGCAACUCCCCAGGAAAUGGAGUGUCAAUGGGAAGAAGUCUUUCAACCAGAUGUCAUCAAAAACACUGCUUCUGCAUAAGUACUCAUUUUAAAAUGUUCACACAUUUUUCUGGGUCAACAAUAUGUGCUCCACUACGACAGCUCUUGCCACCAGCCAGUUCAGUCCUUUGCUAUUCACACACUGAGGUAUUGUUUCCAGCGUUUCACUUCUUAUAAACGCUACACAGCGUCAAUAUAAACUUGUAUAGCUACUUCUAAAGCUGGUCUUAUAAAAGAAGAAAUAGUAUUGAGCGCUUUAGUUGACAAAUUAUUUUCUGCUUAGAGAAAUAUGAUAUUAGUAGAGAUUGUGUCCUGUUACAAUAGAAAAUUGUGGUGGUGGAUGAUGAUUAACAUUUAAAUUUGCUUUUGUGAUUGCAGAAUCUGUGAGGAAAAAAUCCCAUCUCCCGUGCUUAACCACGACAUAUGUAAACAUGCUGUCCGCUGGUUUAACUUAGCAGCAGAUCGAGAUUGCUUUAGGCGACGUAGUGGUACACAAGAAGUUCAACCCACUGACCAGCAUUCAUUUCAUAACACAAUAUACAGUCUGGUAACACAAUUUUUUAAUGCUGUUUCUAUUACUAUUAUUAUACUUUAUACUUUGUGUAGCGACAUUGUAACAGAAUGAAUGACUGUUUUCCACCUAAAAGUAAUUCCCCCCCCCUCUCCUCAGCAAGAACUAAUCUGCAUGAGAUAUUGUUCAAGGUCUCAUGCAUUUGCUUCUAAACUGUUUUCCUUUCCAGCGCAAGAGAAGAAUGAAGACAAAGGACUCUUCCUUUUUAAUAAAUCAAAAAACUCUAUUUUUAAUAAGCUAAUCAAACAAAGUGUUAGUCAAUAAUAAAAUGUGAACCAAUUUGUGAAAUGAAAAUAUUAAAUACUUGAUAUUAUAAUCUUAUAAUAAGUAAUAUAACUUUAAAUGUUUCCACUAGAGACUGAUCACACGAAAAGUUAAGCCACAUCACACAUGGCUUUUACUGAUCCAAUCAGAAUUUUCCAGAUCUGACGGAGGCGUGGUUUUGGUGGCGCUUGGUAAAUCUGUCAUCUUUUCAUUCGACAUAAACCAAAACAUCCGAAUUAUAAAACUAUGCCCACAUCAUCUUUAGCGCCGGUUCAAAGCGUUCUAGAGAAGUUGUCGGAGUGGCCAACCCGUAACUUUCCUGUUCAACCGAAAGAACCAACGACAAGCUGGAUAAAAUCUGUUGCUGUUCCAACUGCUGCAACGGUUCUUUUCAGAAUAAAAGCUGAACCAUCACGACCCCGUUUUGAGUCUCGCUAGAUGCCAACAAAACUGUAGUGACCCGGAAGUAUCUCAAGACUGGUCUGGUCGGCAACCGCUGCUUUUCCUACCGGCUUCGGUUCCAGAGAGGGUCAAGCUGGACCUCGACAUUCCUGGUCUAAAGGGGACUUCUGAAAGGGUACGUAGGCCGACAGAAUGGCGUCUCAAUGUGUGUUAUGAAUCUCCUAACCAAAGCUUAGCACGAAUACAUCACCUUCACUCCCAUCAGAACUAAUCGUUUCUCCGGAUUUGCUGGUUCUGAACAACAUUCCACUCUACACCAUUCUCCGUCUCACUUCACCUUAGUUACACCAUACAUUUAGUGUUUAAAGUUAGUUUAGUUUUAAUUUAUUUAGUAAUAAAUCUUUAAAUUUUUAAAAGUUGACUCUCUUUCUUUUGUCUCUGAGUUAAUAUGAAGUUGUUACAUAAUCCCUGCAAUAAAAAGUUCCAAUCUUCUGGUUAAAAGUACCCAAAGAUCUAUAAGAUUGAUUUCAUAUUCACUAUGGAAUCUCAUGUCUUAUGGCUCAUUAAAUAGAUGUAAAUUAAACCCUUUACAACAUGAAUGGCCUCAUUUGUGACCCAAAGGUCACACUUCCCUCAGCUGGGUCAAGCUGUCCUGGCUGUACUUCUAUCUACAGAUUAUCCAUCACAGGAGACGCAAAGUCUGCUGUAAACCAUCUUUAAUCUGAACUGCCUUACCAGAUCUUGACUUCCUUUGCCUCCACAGCAAGACAAGGAUUUUAUCACGUUCCAGAAGAAUCAUUUAUAAUAAACUCUUUUACUGUUAAAUCACCAAAGGUUCAUUAUAAAUGUAUUUAAUUACUGAAAUGAAUUAUUAUUCUUUGGUU